AUGAACAAUGAAUGUGACUUACCUUAUUACACUGCCCACAGCUACCAUUCAAUGGGUGUGUUCAACACCUCCAUGGGGGACCUGCAGCGACAACUGAACAAGGGAGGAGAGUAUGACAUUUUCAAGUAUGCACCAAUGUUUGAGAGCGAUUUUAUACAGAUCAGCAAAAAAGGAGAGGUGAUUGACGUACACAACCGUGUCCGAAUGGUGACCGUGGGCAUCGCAUCCACCAGCCCCAUCCUCCCCCUGCCUGAUGUCAUGCUGCUGGCUCGGCCAGCUAAAGUCUGCGAAAAUCAAGUUGGGCACAGCCGACCUACCAAGGGGAGAGGUCGCAAGACCACAAAGACCUUAGAGCUCACCAGGCUCCUUCCCUUGAAGUUUGUCAAGAUCUCCAUACAUGAUCAUGAGAAGCAGCAGCUGCGCCUGAAACUUGCCACUGGCCGUACUUUUUACCUGCAGCUGUGUCCUUCUUCAGAUGCACGAGAAGACCUCUUUUCCUAUUGGGAAAAACUAGUUUAUCUCCUGAGACCACCAGUAGAGAGUUAUACCAGUACCCCGACCAUCCAAACUGGGGAUCUAAUUACCACAUCUGUAUGUCUGACAGACGAAGACAAAAGCACAACGACUGCAGAGCUCCGUGGAGAAGGGGAUCGGGACGAGGUCAAGCUUCACAAGCUCCGAGAGGUGUCUGGAGCCACCUCUUCUGCUUAUGCUGGGGGAGAGGGAAUCCAACAAGCUUCCCAUGAAAAGCCUCAUACACCUUCUGUAGCCAGAAAAGCUUCAGGGCCUGGCAAAGUAGCAGCAAUAGCAGGGGCAGUGGCAGGCCCCACAGCAGGCACAGCUGUAGCAGGGGCAGCAGCAGGAUCCACAGCAGGUGCAGCAAUAGCAGGGGCAGCAGCAAGCCCUACAACAGGAGUGGCAGCAGCAGGGACAGCAGCAGGCCGUACAGCAAGUACUAUGAGCAUUGCAACCACCAAGACUUCAGGCCCAGGACAGGUAAACGCAGCCAUGGCAGGAGUGGCCACCAAGGGUCCAGGAGAAAGUGGAGCCAGCAAGGCCAUGGCAGGUGCUGCCAACAUGUCCUCAGAAGGUGUUAACAUGGUCUUGGUGGGUGCUACAAGCACAUCCACACAGGAUAGUUCCGCCACAUCAAUGGCAGCUACCAAUUUCUCCUCAGACAACAGCAUGAGUGUGGUGUUUGCAGGAGUAGCAACCACCAAUAAGCCUGUCGCAGAAAGCACUGGAGGACCCCUCAUCUCAACGUUGCAGAGUGAAGGCUAUAUGAGUGAGAGAGAUGGAAGCCAGAGGGUCUCCCAGCCCAGUGCUGAAGCUCAUAAGGCAAAAAAGGAAAGAAGAGCAAAGAAGGACAAAAAUCCCACUAGGAAAACUUCCCGUCACCGCAGGACAGGUGGCGACAAAUCAACCCGGAAAUCAUCCUCCCACCGGUCCUUGGCCAGCCAUGGAACCACAAGAGGGGACAAAAAAGAAAAAGGCCACAGUACCCUAAAGAGCAAAGGACAAAGGUCCUCCUCUCACAAAAGUAUGAGCCGCAGUCCCACCCCAAAGGAGUCUAGGACAACUCACAAACUGGGCAAGAACCAAUCUGCAACUAGCUCAGCUUCUAUAGGUAAGAAAUCCAGCAAGAUUGGCUCUUUCUUCAGGAGUUUCAGAGCCAUCCCUGCUUCAAAAGCAAUGACAACAUCCCAUGACAGAGGAGUGGACAUUGUGGCCAAGACUGUGGAGAGGUGCAACAUUGAGGCCAAGAUGGAGAGAGCACAGGAUGGCCAAGACCUGGAAAUCAUGGGUACCAUGACAUCUGAGACUAUGGAGACAAUAAUCUUUGAAUCUAAAUCUGUUUAA